GAAAUCCGCCCCCUAGUCGGUCGGUACAAGAGGAAUAUAUUGUCUUCCUUUUCCUGGUCAUAGAGGUUUUGCAUGGGAAAUCCUAGGCUCAAGGACGCAACCCCUUUCUUGAAUUACUCUACGAAAGAAUCAUGUCUGGAGCACUCGUCUCCCUGGUCGGCAAGAAAGUCCUGGCCGAGUCGGCAAGGAACCAUUUUGGAACAGAGGACCCCUACUUCGAGGAAGUCCCCGCUUCACGCUUGAACCGCGCGUUCGGCAAAAAGAAGCAGAAGCGAGCAAAGGCCAUCCCGCCCGGUCUCUCUGAGAAUGACCAGAAAAUCCUCACGAAGGUGAAGCGACGUGCGUACAGACUGGACUACUGUCUGUUCAACCUGUGUGGUAUACGAUUUGGCUGGGGGAGUGUCAUUGCUUUAAUCCCUUUUGCUGGCGAUGUCGCCGAUACCGCGUUGGCCAUGAUGGUCGUAAAGAGCUGUGAAGGCAUCGACGGUGGGCUUCCGUCGCGUAUUCGAAUGAUGAUGCUCGUCAAUGUCAUCAUCGACUUCCUGAUCGGCCUGGUUCCGUUUGUCGGAGAUGUCGCAGACGCCAUUUACAAAUGCAACACCCGGAACGCGAUCGCCUUGGAAAAGCACUUGCGGGAGAAGGGAGCCAAGUCGAUUGCCAAACGACAACGGCGGCAAGGCGAUGAGGUCGAUCCAAGCUUGCCGGAUGAAUGGGAUAGGCAUCAUGCAAAUUCCUCGGACGACCCGCCUAGCUAUGACCAAGCACAGGGCGCAGAUGUUUCCAGACCGGCCCCAGCGAGACAGCAAUCAAGGGGUCAACCACGGCGAGGUUGGUUCGGGGGUUCCACUCAUCGUGAAGAGGAUGUGGAAACUGGAAUCGCUGACAACUCCAGGAAAACCAGACAAUGACAUAUGAUUGAUGUGACAUGUGACGGCCCACGCCUUAUUUUUUUGUGAUCCUUGCUAGCUUUUGCCAUCUUGCUUCUUGUAAUUU